AGGUCCAAUGAUUAGUUCUGUGACAAGACAGCAUGACACUUUGAGUAUGACAGAAGCCCUGAUGCUGCAGCAGAGGGUGGGAAUAUUAAUGGCCAAAUCUAGAGAUCAGAUGGUCUUCUAAAGAAGUCAUGGGUAGCUGUUGUAGCUGUCCAGAUAAAGAAACUGUCCCAGAUAACCACCGAAACAAGUUUAAGGUUAUUAAUGUGGAUGAUGAUGGUAAUGAACUGGGUUCUGGCAUAAUGGAACUUACAGAUACAGAACUAAUUUUGUACACCCGUAAAAGGGACUCUGUAAAAUGGCACUACCUCUGUCUCCGUCGCUAUGGCUAUGACUCAAAUCUUUUCUCUUUUGAAAGUGGUCGAAGGUGUCAAACUGGACAAGGAAUCUUUGCCUUUAAGUGUGCCCGGGCAGAAGAGCUAUUUAACAUGUUACAAGAAAUAAUGCAGAAUAACAGCAUAAAUGUGGUAGAAGAACCAGUAGUAGAAAGGAAUAAUCAUCAAACUGAGUUGGAAGUACCAAGAACGCCUCGAACACCUACAACUCCUGGGUUCAAUGCACAAAGUUUACCCAACGGCUAUCCCAGAUACCCAUCUUUUGGAGAUGCUUCAUCACACCCUUCCAGCAGACAUCCUUCUGUCGGCAGCGCACGCCUCCCCUCUGUCGGUGAAGAGUCAACACAUCCUUUGCUUGUAGCAGAGGAGCAAGUGCACACUUACGUAAACACUACUGGAGUACAAGAGGAAAGAAAAAAUCGAUCAAGUGUGCAUGUGCCACUGGAAUCAAAGCUUUCAAACACUGAAACAACUAAAGUGAAAGAAGAUCAGAUGUGUACUGAUGACAGAGAUGCUCAGGUUCUCCUGGAGCCUGAAGGAGUGAAGUUUGUUUUAGGACCAACACCUGUUCAAAGGCAGUUAAUGGAAAGAGAGAAACUGGAACAACUUGGGAGAGAUCAAGUUAGUGGCAGCAGCACAAACAACAGUGAAUGGGACACUGGGUACGACAGUGAUGAACGUAGAGAGACACCAUCUGGUAAUAAACUGGUGUAUGAAAAUAUAAAUAGGUUAUCAAUCCCUAGUGCCUCAGGGGUCAGGAGAGGUCGCUUGACAUCAACCAGUACCUCAGACACGCAGAACAUUAACAACUCUGCUCAGAGGAGAACUGCGCUGCUGAACUAUGAGAAUUUGCCAUCCUUGCCUCCUGUUUGGGAAGCCCGCAAGCUGAGCAGAGAUGAAGAUGACAGUUUAGGACCAAAGACCCCAUCUCUGAAUGGCUACCACAAUAACCUAGAUCUAAUGCAUAACUAUGUCAAUACAGAGAAUGUAACAGUACCAGCAAGUGCUCAUAAAGUAGAAUUUACACGACGUCGGGACUGUACCCCAACAGUCUUUAACUUUGACAUUAGGCGUCCAAGUUUAGAACACAGGCAGCUCAACUAUAUACAGGUUGACUUGGAAGGUGGUAGUGACUCUGACAACCCUCAGACUCCAAAAACCCCAACCACUCCACUUCCGCAAACUCCAACCAGGCGCACAGAGCUGUAUGCUGUGAUAGACAUUGAAAGAACUGCUGCUAUGUCAAGCUUGCAAAAAGCACUGCCCCGAGAUGAUGGUACUUCUAGGAAAACUAGACAUAACAGUACUGACCUGCCUAUGUGAGCCUGGGGAGCAUUGAAUCAUUUGCACCUUUUGUGAAGUUUAUAAAAUUGAAGAUGCGAGUACUUUGCGUUUCUUAACACUAACGCCUUUUAUAGACUAAUAGAACUUCUUCUGCAUACUUCAUGUACUUGUCUUACUAAAGGGAAUUAAUGUAGAGCAAGUAUUCAUUUUAGGUAACACUAUUUCAUUCUACAGUAGAAGUAAUUACUGCAUAGCAGCAUCACCACCUUUCACAGUGCCUCUUUAAUUGAUUAGAAUCUGAGUGACAUGCCAGUUUUGGAUUUAUAAAUAUUCUGGUCUGGUGCCUAUACUCAUUAAUGGCAUUUAUAACACUUUUUAAAGCCUCUUGAUAUGUGCAUUAUUAGCAGGUAAACCUAGUCUUUCAGUAUACAUAUCUGAUGUUCAUUCCUCAUUGAAGUGGUUCCUCCAGAGUGAAAUGUAUGUAAUGUGUUAAUUCGUUCAGUUUGACGUACACAAGAGAUAUUGGUUCAUCUCAAGGAAUAUAAGCACCUCACUUUUUUUUGUCUGUGGGCAA